GAAAAUCUUGGUAAAAAAAUAUUUCUCCAUUUUUCCGUCUUUCUUGGGUUCAGGAAAUUUUUGUCUGCGGUGUUAUCUCUACAUGUUUGUCUCAUUUUUCACUUCUUGUUUGUCGUUUUUGGAGAAUUAAUCAGUUGUGAGGGAGCGAAAACGGGUGAUUAACAAUUGAUUUUCAGCUUAUUUGGUGAUUAUAAAGAACGAGGAUUUGGAUUUUCUUGAUACAUAUCUACAGGAAGUUUACGGAAAUGGGGAGUAAUUUAAAUUUCAAGAGUUUUGGAAACAACCCGCCAGCAGAUGGUGGUGGUGGUGGACGGCCGCCGGGCAGUCUCCCUUUGGUACGGCAGUCCUCAGUCUAUUCAUUGACUUUUGAGGAGUUUCAGAAUACAGUUGGGGGAAGUGGGAAGGAUUUUGGGUCAAUGAACAUGGAUGAGUUGUUGAAGAAUAUAUGGAGUGCUGAGGAAAGUCAGAACUUUGGGGCCACUUAUGGUAAUGCUGGUCAAGAAGGGAAUGGCAAUGGAUAUUUGCAGAGGCAGGGAUCAUUGACACUUCCUCGGACACUGAGCCAGAAAACGGUUGACGAGGUCUGGCGGGAUAUGUCAAAGGAGUAUGUUGGGGGGAAGGACUCCAGUGGCAGCAUGAGUGGUUUCGGUGUGCCCCAGAGGCAACCGACACUGGGGGAGGUUACACUUGAGGAGUUCUUGGUGCGGGCUGGGGUUGUGAGGGAGGAAGCACAAUUAGCUUCCAAGCCUAAUAAUGUUGGAUUUUUUGGUGAUUCGUCGAACGCUGUGAGUACCUCUGGUCUUGGAUUUGGAAACCAGCAGCAUGAGGCUAGUAGGAAUUCAGGUUUGGUUAGUGGUAGGUUUCCUGAAAGUAAUAAUCAGGUUGCUAUGCAAUCGGCUGGUAAUUUACCAUUGAACAUAAAUGGGGUCAGGUCUGCUGCCCAGCACCUGGAGAAUCUCCCGAUGCAGCAAGAACAACUAAAACAGCAACGAAUCCUUCCUAAACAGUCUGCCUUGGCAUAUGGUGCUCCUAUGGGAAUUCCAAGCAGUGGUCAGUUGGGUAGUCCUCGGAUUAUGGGUGGAAUUGUUGGGAUUUCUGAUCCGGCAAUGAACAAUAGUAUGGUUCAAAAUGCAGCCCUACAGGGUGGAGGACUAGGAAUGGUUGGUUUAGGAGCUAAUGUUGCGGUAGGAUCUCCAGCAUCAGAUGGGCUCACUAAGAGUAAUGGAGAUACAUCUUCAGUCUCGCCAGUCCCUUAUGUUUUUAAUGGUGGUUUACGCGGUAGGAAAAGUGCUGCACUGGAGAAGGUAGUCGAAAGGAGGCAGAGGAGGAUGAUUAAAAACAGAGAGUCAGCUGCAAGAUCACGGGCUCGUAAGCAGGCAUACACUAUGGAAUUGGAAGCAGAAGUUGCAAAACUAAAGGAGGAACACGAAGAAUUGCGGAAGAAACAGGUCGAAAUGAUGGAAAUGCAGAAGAAUCAGGUCCUGGAGAUGAUGAAGCAGCAGAAUGGGACCAAAAGACAGUGCUUGAGAAGAACACAGACAGGUCCAUGGUAAAUGGUGAUGCAGCAUUAACAACUAAAUAUAUCUAUAAGAAUACAUGCUUGUGUAAAUAUUCUAUAGGGAUAUGUUCCUGCCAUAGAUCAAUAGAAAUUAGAGGAGCAGUGCUCUGCCCAUAAAUGUUACUUCACAUGAAUCCUCUUGUUCAAGAGGAAUGACGAGUAGCUACCCAGCCCUCCCUUCUUCUGAGCCUGAUAGGUAGACUGCCUGAAUUAUUACACGGCAGUUAUUUAGGUAUCAGUUAAACAGAGAUGGUCAUAGAAGGCACACUUGUUUAGUCCAAAACACCAUGCUUUUGCCUGUUAUGUUAGUAUCUAUCCUCGUGUUCGUAUACCAUAGAUGACAGUUUGUUAUAGCUUUACAAUGUUCUAAAUUGUUAUCAUCUGGUGCUGGAUUUCCAUUUCCUGUUUCCUUUCAAAGUUAGAAAUAGAAGUUGCUGCAUUACUUCCUUGA